ACUGGUCUGACAACAAUCUAACGAGUUUCUUGUAUCUCCCUGUCAAUUCCACUUCCACUCGCUUUGAAAAUUUGGCCGAGGUCGGGUGGGUUUGGUUUAUUUCGUCCGCUUGUUUCGCAUAUACAGUAUUGCUAAAAUGGUAGACAAAAUGAAGUUAAUUGAACUAGUGCGCGAGAGAGAGGCCCUGUGGAAUCAGAGGGACAACCAGUACCACAACCGUGAGUUAAGAGCCAAGCUGUGGGAUGACGUUGGUAAAGAGCUGGGAAUUGAAGGAGAUGUGGCUCGGAAGAGUUGGGAUUUGCUUAGAGAUGUGUACCGGAAAAAAAUUAAGGAAAACGUCGGUGCGUUAGGUGCUGCUACUAAAUCCAAAUGGUUUUAUUUUGAUGCAUUGAGUUUUUUGUUCCCUAUGAUGAAGCUAAGAGCUACUCCAGGCAAUCUCUCAGUUUCAGAAGUAGCAACUACACUGGACUUAGAUGAAGAAUCAGGCCAAACUCCUCAAUCAGAAAAUGACUUUGAUGUCCACACUGAACAACCUGAGAAUGCCGAUGAGCCUGAGGAACCUGCUCAAGUAAGCGAAGCUCACCAAUCUACAACAACCUCUUGGACUUCAACUACUAAUCCAGAAAACAGUAAGUUUCAGCGCCCCGGAUCAAAAAGGAAGCAAAGCCAAAGUAUUCAAAAUGAAGAGCUAAAUUUAGAAAGAAGAAAAGUGCAGUUGCUGGAAUAUCGUUUUGCGGAACCACAACCUACAAGUUCAUCAGAAGAAGACGAUGACAUGUAUUUCUUCAAAAGUUUACUUCCAUCGCUCAAAGAACUACCACUUCUGAGACGAAUGAAAUUGAGAUCCAAAAUUCUGAAUUGUGUCAUCGCUGAACUUGAAUCGUAUACAGAUUACAAUACAUAAGCGUGUUGUGUGUUUAGGCUGUGCACUGAGACGGUGCACACUACCAUUUACACUCGUAUCGUAGUGAUUUUCCCCAACCUCCCCCUCCGCCUGUUGCCUGUGAUGUUGAACUGUUUACAAACAAUCUACUGCAGUUUGGUACUUUAUUACCUUGAUACUUUGAUCGUAUUUAAGUUUUGUUUCAGAGUGACUUGCGCAAUCGUGAUAUCCAAAAUGGUGGUGAUAUUUGGCAGUGUCUACAUGGUUGUCGGACAUAGGUUGAACGAUUAAAUGUUAAAAAUGAUACUGAAUAAAAUUAAAUGUUACCACAAUUUGUUGUAGCUAGGAUAUUUUUAUAAGUAUCGUAUCCAGUAUUUCACAUGAAAAAUAAAAAUUUUAUUUUUAAGAAUUACAAUGAAGAUGCCAAAAAUAAAAUUGCCUGUAAUAAACUAAUUAUAGCAAAUAUUAGGAAACAAUUUGCAAACAUCCGUGAAGACUUAACUGCAUUUCGGAGAAGUAUUUCAGUUGUCAUAACCUACAUACCUUAAUCAACCUUAGUACCUAGUUCUAAUCUCCACGUUAGUUUGAUGUGGCUUUGUACCAACCAAUGUUAUACAUUGCGACGAAUAAAGAAUAGUUACAUCGGAGUAAACCUGCAGACUACGCGAAUUUCCUUUUAUCUUACUGGAUUUCUACUAAAACUUUCCCUUAUAAUGGUAGGAUUUAUUUCCUAUUUGAAUAGUAAUAAUUAAAAGGAGUACUUAGGUUUGCUGCUACA